GGCAGGGGCAACCAAUCUUGCAGUUGAACCAUUUUCUGAGAAGCUUGACUAUAGAAAUAGCCACCUUGCACACUUGCUUGAGAACCUUGAUGUAGGACUUUGCAACCAAGGUUCGAGCCUACCAUAGAGCUGCGCACGCCACAUUUUUGAUGCUAAGUGUCUCUAUCUCCGAACCUUUCUCAAACAUGUAUAAAUAUUCCCUUCUCAACAGAUUAUUUAGCGGUCAAGCUCAUUCACUUGAUUGACUAAGGUACUUUACCUACCUUACAACUUCCAGAAUUAGCCACCUCGGUCUUAAUUUGACUUUCUUCCGAAUCUCUCAUUCCAUCAUGGAUAGCUCAAUAAAAACCAACGAUGAACCGAGCUAUGAGAUUACUGGUCACACCAAGCGUCAACAAGCAAUUGAGACACUGACCUCCUACCUCUCACUUUCAACACAACUGGAUCCUGAGUCACUUCUGAGAUUGCAAGAAAGACAGGUUGCUGAGAGACGAACCGAGGAACUCGAACACAUCGGAGAAGGAUUUUGCGCUACCAUAUACGACUUUGGGAGCACCGGUCAAGUUAUCAAACAGGCGAAAGAGCUGAGAAAAUUUCCAGAACUACUGGUCGACUAUGUCUCACAUCAGAAGGUCUAUGCCGCCAGCCUGCAUCUUGCGUUACAAGUCUGCAUUCCCCGUCCAGCGGAAUUCAUCAGACCUGAACAGCUCGGCGAGUGGUACAAUGAACACAGAGAAUCGGGCAAGCUUCCGGAUAGCCGAACCCUCGUCAGCAGGAACAUGGCGGUCCUCGUAUCUGAGAGAAUCCCGGCACUACCUCUAGAGGUCCGCAGAGCCCUCAUCGAAGUAUUCUGUCCCAUAGAGCAGAGAGUGGCAGCUCAUGUCAUGCGAAGAAACAACAACUGUCUUGCUCGAUUGUAUCUGGGCCGGCGUCGACAGAAUACCGGAGUCGAGGGAGGAUUCGAACUGCGCAACUUCGAAAUGACCUUGGAUAAGAUGGAGAUCCUAAACAUCGAUCCACUUCAAUAUGUGGCACCAAUGGCAGAAGCCUUAGCAGCCAUGCAUUGGGAAACCAAGCACGAUGCCUUCGACGUCGAGUUCGUUCUCGCCUCAUCGACAACACCAACAACUCGAACCGCAGAGUGGGCAUCAGUGAAGACCACCCGGGAACCUAUCGAAGGAUCUGAGUCUCAGAGAAAGGCUGUGCAGAUGUGGCUUUUAGACUUUAAUCAGGUCGGAGAGAUCACAAUGGACAGCAAAGGAGUAGCAAGAGCAGUGAGAGGGUUCUGGGACAAUGAUCCGUACUAUCCCAGGCCGACUAUGGAAGAAGACUCGCACACUACUGAGGCAAAGCUAUGGCGCAAGUUCAAGCAGGUAUAUCUUGCGACCUCAUCAAAAAUCUUGAAAGACGAUGCAUUGGCUACAACCUUCAUCGAGGAGGUUGAACUAGAAGGCAAGAAAAGAUCAGUAUGCCCUCCCGUGCUCCAGGGUCCACCGAAGGCAUCGGCAGUUGUGGCUAUGCCACUGCGAUCCGCUGGCAAGAAGAAGCAGAGGAGAUACGUUGACUUCGAUGGGUAGAGGUGGUCAUUACAAAACCGACGUAUCUAGUCGGGGCCGGCCUCGGAGACACAUCGAAGACCCAGAGAACAGCAACUGAAGUUCUUAGAAAAAGGCUCUACGAGAAGUAGUCUCGAACCCCAGACCCAUAGAAUAACAUCAAUCAACAUUCAAUGUUCUCAUGCUCAGCUUAACCAUUUGACUAAAUGUCCUGUCA